UGUGAUUUAUCUUAUCCCCAAGUGACCGACGGCAAUGAUGCGAAGCUGUCACAGAGUCCCAGAGUCUAUCUAAACGCUGAUUUCCUCCUUCAUACUAGUGGCGGACCAUGUGGCCUGUAAUUUCUUGAGUCUCCGCUUGUAUCGUUUCGAUGAUCAUCAACUGAUAGAUACGAGAUAUUAAGUAGUUAAUUGGCUUUGAUGGAUCACCAAUAUGCACACUGUACAUAUGAUCUCCUUGCUUUUACAAUGUGCUACUUUCUUGCAAGGAAAAUCAACUGCGCUGCCUGCACCACAAGUAGGCGAUCCAUGGCUUGCCGCAUCAGAGUCAAAUUGUGGGGUACUACAAGGCGCAGUAAACAGUAACCAUCUAUCUAGAAAUAGAACAUAUCCAGGCACUGACAGCAUUUACCCAAACAAGCGUUCCUCCGAACAUCGCAGCCAGCAGCUACCACCAGGAGCGAUUUACUGCAGGCAGCGUAGUUUCGCAGACAACUAGACUAAGCAACGGGGUACGGGUACGGAGGACAGAGUCCUACAGUUACAACUCCCACUAGAGACAUCUCCCG